AUGGGAGCGGUAUCAGCAGCGAAUGAGCAGCAGCAGCAGCAGCAGCAGCAGCAGCAGCAGCAAGGUGAAAUCAGAGGAGGAGGCUCAGGACACCAGCAGCAGCAGCAGCAGCAGCAGCAGCAGCAGCAGCAGCAGCAGCAGCAGCAAGCAGACACAGAACCAAAGACACUCAAUUCAUCUGCUGCUGCUGGGCGACAGCAGCACAGGCAAAUCACAGCUGCUGCGGGCUGCAGCAGAAGGCGACAGCAGCACAGGCAAAUCACAGCUGCUGCGGGCUGCAGCAGAACUCGCCCCGCAUGCAGUUUCUAUCUCAGGUUUCGGUUGCACAGCAGCAGGAUUGACGUGUACAGCUGUCCGCGACGGUUCCUGUUCUGCAGCAGCAGCAGCAGCAGCAGCAGCAGCAGCAGGGGUAGCAGUAGUAGUAGUAGUAGCAGCAGCAGCAGCAGCAGCAAGCUGCAGCAGAACUCGCCCCGCAUGCUGUUUCUAUCUCAGGUCAGCAGCAGCAGCAGCAGCAGCAGCAGCAAAAGCAGCAGCAGCAGCAGCAGCAGCAGCAGCAGAGGUAGGAGUAGGAGUAGUAGCAGUAGCAGCAGCAGGGCGCCGCAUGCAGUUUCUAUCUCAGGUCAGCAGCAGCAGCAGCAGCAGCAGCAGCAGCAGCAGCAGCAGCAGAGGUAG